AUGUUUCUGUGGUUUCUCUCUUCCAUAUGUGCGCUGUACGGGGGAUCCGCGGACGACUCGCUCCAGUGGUACAGAUGUUGCUACCAAAAAUUUUCCCACUUUAAACGAAGGCGUAUACAAAAUCUGCGGGUGGAAUUAGCUUCAAUCGCAAAGCUGGAAGCUGAGGUUUCCAAGCGGUUGAGGUGCCUACGGAGCGGAUCACCUCGUGAGCACACAACAGCAAGUCACCUCUUCCCUUCAACGUCAACCGCUGCUACACAUGGCUCAGCAUCGCAGGCAGUGGGUGAGUUCCCCGGCACAUCCGAGGACAGCGACACGUCUCUCCCGACCUCAGAUGACGGAGCCAUCCCGGGAUGUUCCUGGUGGCCGGCAUGUUCGACGGAACCAGGAGAGGUGUCGAACCAACCCGCGGCCAUACCCUUGUGUCAUCCUGGGUCUGGUAUUCUGAAGUUAGAGGACCAACUGAAGGACCUUAGAGAAAAGAAGCAAGGACUCCUUCGGAGACGGCACGAUAUAAGAAAAAAAUGGGGAACACAAGAGGGAUAUACACGAAUCAGAAUGAGAAAUUUAAAUUCGCGACGGAAGAAGAAAGGCACCAAACAGCUUGAAUUAACACAAGAGGUCCUCGAGCGCUAUUCCGAGGCGUACAAACAGCAAUCAUUCAAUCACUUUAAAUUACUAGAAGAUCUUGAAGCACAAAUAAAGGGUAUUUCCAAGGAGGAACGACUAAUUGUGGCUGAAAUACGCUCUUUGGGAUCCAGCACUGAUGGGGCUGAGGGACAGGAAUCUCGGGCACCUCCAUGGGUCAGUUCAGGGGGAACAGAAGCGGCUCCCAUGGUGACUGACCCACCGGCGCUGGUUACCCGGAAGCAGGGGCGAAUGCCGCAGUCAUCCUUUCAGACAGAACCUGGCUUCGGUAUGAUGUCGCCAGAGUAUGAUGUGCCGCGUAGCGCUGCUCCGUCCUCUAUGCUACAAGUGAUGCCAACCACGACGACCGGAUGCGCUUCAGCGUGGACGUCCCUUCCACUCCGUAACUGGGAGACAGUGGCAACAGGGGGCGGCACAACACCGGCCCGAUCGACGCCGAGAACAUCUGAACUGCUCUACCAUGGGAAAUCACACAGGGGGCAGCACGUCGAGGCGGCUGCGUCCCCGUCAAUCCUUGUGCAACCUCAAACCCGAGCGCCACGGCUGUCUGAGCAGUGGCGGACGGUUGAGCCGCUGGCGGCCGCAUCAGCCGUCCCGUGCAGCAGCGGGGCAGGAGGCGGACCUGAAUACUCUCACCGUCAAUUCCUCGAACACCAAGAAGCUGACCAUUCUGCUGCAACAGCGCACUCUGAGAAUGACAUUCCUGAAGACGUUCUGGAGUUCAUUUUGUCACACACCACGUCAGGAAAGGCUGGCGCUGCGGCCACCCAUGAUCCGACCGCGGAAAUUGGGCCCUCACAAACUCAGCGAUGGUUUCCUCCGAAUUCGUCGCCGCCGAUCGGCGUCCAACCUGAGCCGCAUCCAAUCCUCUCUCAUUGGUGGCCCCGGCCGUCAUCGACUUCGUCCGUCGGAAGCACUUCAGGUUCGGGACUGUUUGAUCCUGGCCGCCCGUCCCCGUCGACGUGGUUGACGGUGCCACAACCAACGCCACCCUUCCUGCCACAAUACUCUGCCUGGUUCGCGCCGUCCGUUGUCAUCCAGCCUCCUGACCCUCAACCGUCCGCUUCAGGGCAUCACAUGUUUUUCGCAAGGGCUCCGAUAGACCCACACAGUCAGCCACCACUGAGCCAUGAGACGUCGAUGAUCGUGCAGGCUCCGGGAUCAGCGUAUGGUCCACGUGCUCCAUCAGAUUCCGCUACCCGAAGAGGCACAGGCACACGAGGUUCACGUACACCCGGAAAUUCAUCUCCGGAGAGCAGGCGUUGA